AUGACGGAUCACAGAGAAGCGAAAGACGCUGCAUCGACGCUGUUGAUCAAGAAUGUUAGGCUGCCACCCGAGGCUUAUGCAUCUCUCCACCACGUCAAUCUUCCACAAGAUCAGCAGGAAGAGAUACCGGUGGUGGAUGUGGAAUACGUCCACCUCGAGCCAUCAUCGAGCACACCGGCUGGCACACACGCCGUCGAGGUGUAUCUCAGAUCCUCCGAAGCUCUCUCCCGUAAACCCGUGACUUCUGAUGGCGCUGCUCCAUUCCAAUCUGUCGCUCAGACCAUCCCCCUUCCCGCCUCCUCCGGUCCAUCUACCUCGGACCCCAACCAGCUCGUAGCUCGGUUCAACACCGUCACGCCCAUCCCAUCAACCUCAACAUGUAUCGACGCCAACUCCAGCAUCUCCAUUCCCGGCGGUCUCUGCCACCCUCACGUCCACCUCGACAAAUGCUACCUCCUCGACCGAUGCACCCUCUCCACCGGAACAUUCUCCGAAGCGCUCACCUCCACCUCGUCCGCCAAAUCCCACUUCACCCACGACGACGUCCGAGCGCGAAUGCGUCGACUCGUUUUGUCGUCCCUCUCGCACGGUGUGACCUGCAUGCGCGCGUUUGUCGAGGUGGAUCCGACGGUGGGACUCAUGUGUCUGGAAGCGGGUAUUGAAGUGAAGAAAGAGUUUGAGGAUAAAUGUGAAGUGCAGAUUGUGGUGUUUGCGCAAGAUGCGAUCUUCUACCCUGACGAUGAGGCGAAGGAGAAAGAGAUGCAGAGGUUGCUGGAGGAAGCGGCUACGAGACCAGAAGUCGAUGUCAUAGGGUCCGCUCCUUAUGUCGAAUCUCUCAGCAAAAGAGACCAGGAGCAACUCGACGAACGGGGGCAAAACAUCAAGCAGAAACAGCAACAAUCUCGAAACAUCACUCACAUCUUCGAACUAGCUUCCAAGUACUCCAAACACGUCGACUUCCACCUCGAUUACGAUCUCGACCCCCCGGGAAGCGAGAUCGACGGAACACAGUCGAUGAUCCCCUUCGUGGUAUCGCUUUCCCAACAGCGGAUCUGGAAUCACUCCAACGGAAACAAGAGGAGCGUCACCGUGGGUCACUGCACCAAGCUCUCGUGCUUUGACGAACACCACCUCGAUCAACUCGCUUCGUGCUUCUCCUCUUCUCCCACCGCAGACGUGCCUCCGAUCUCGUUCGUCGCCCUGCCACCAUCCGACCUGUACAUGCAAGGUCGAUCCCAACCCUACGCCUCGCGCUCACGUGCCACCCUUCCCCUCCUAACCCUCUCCUCCCACCCUACCCUCCAGCACCACACCAACUGGGCUAUGGGCGUCAACAACGUCGCCAACCUCUUCACUCCCCAAGGCGAUGCCGACCCCUUAGCGCUGCUACCCACGAUGGUGGGGGUGUGGCAGAGUGCAAAACCCAGAGAUUGCGAGGUGCUCGUCGGUUCGGUAAACGUAGGCGUUAGCUACAUCUUCCGGUUGACCGACUCUGCCGGUCAUGAGCUUGUCACCCAGGGACUUGAGGAAACCUUUCCUCUGUUCUUCUGGGAUGCCGCUCCACAGCUCGGUCUCGACGGGACCGGGCGAGAUGGCGUUGACGCGGAUGUUCUUGGGCGCAAGUUCGAGAGCGAGACCUCGGGUCAGACCGUACACACCCGACGCUACGCCUGCCAUGACGGUCCAACCUGGCAUGGGCUUUUCCGCCACCACACCGGUGGUCAACACCACACUCCCUCCGCUCUUGAGAUGUCCCUUGGAGGUAGCGACUUUGACGGCAAGCGUCGAGCUGAUGAACCGGAUCGAGGCGGCAUCGAUGAUGUCUUGGUAGGACCACUCUUCGAACGGUUUCGUGUCGAUGGAAUCGCCGGCAGAGUAGAUCAGAUGAUCGAACUCGCCGAUCUUGCCGAAGAACUCGACCAGGCUCGCUUCCGCUUCGGAUCCCUUGAGGUUGACGGGAAAGCCAGAGACGCGAGACGAAUCGACAUUGUACUGUUGAGCGGGAUCGGAAAGUUUGGCGAUCGCAGCUUUGACGCGAUCGGCGGAGGAGGAACCGACUACGACGUAGGCUCCUUCUUCGAUCAGGGCGGAAGCGGCGGCAAAGCCAAGCCCCGAAGUGCCUCCGAUGACGACCACCUUUUGGCCUUUAAGCACCGCAGCUGUCUUGGAGGUUGCCAUGUCGGAUAA